GCGUUCAGGAGAAGAUGGGUGUGAUGAACCGCGGCGUGGUGUACGCCUUGUGGGACUACGAGCCUCAGAACGACGACGAACUCGGCUUCAGUGAGGGUGACUGCAUGACGGUGCUGAGACGAGAGGAUGAAGUGGAGUCGGAGUGGUGGUGGGCGAGAUGUGGUGACAGCGAGGGCUACAUCCCCCGCAACCUGCUGGGGCUGUAUCUGAGGAUCAAGCCGCGGCAGAGGAGCCUGGCUUAACCGACGGCUGACAAAUCCUUCAAAAGACCAAAAGCAUUAUGAGGAGGAGGAGCAGCGGGCGAAUAAACCUCUGGACUCUAAAUAUCACAAAAUGGGAGACAGAUGUUUUCUGAACUGCCAUUGGACCUGUUUGGUUUUUCAACCUCAGCACAAAGAAUGUCUCGAUGAACUGCCGGAGAAACAGGAGUUCAUCUGAAUCCUGUGGUACAGUUUAUCACUUUACCCAAAUGUAUCAGCAGAUAUUUGACUUUUUCCUUUUUUUUCCAACAGAGCCGCCCUGAGGCACCUGGGAGACUCAAAAACUAAAUGUUCAACUUAUUUUGGGUUCAUCUUGUAAUUCUUUUUCAAGAUUUUGUUUUAUUUUAGUGAGUAUUGACAGCUGACAUAAAGACAGGAAAUGUGGGGAGAGAAAGAGGCGGAAUCAAACUGUGGACGUGAGGUAUUUAAAGGUUCAAUAUGUAACUUUAAUUAAAGUUUGGUUAACAGCGCCACCAGUGGCCGUUCAGUGAACUGCAGUCAGCGUCCUGUUGCAUCAUCCUGGCGUGGCCAACAGCGACAAAACACUGAACGCUGUAAAUAACUGACAAUCAUAUUUAGAAUAACGUUACUAUCUGCAAUGUCCUAUAUUUAUUUGGACCGUUAGCUCAUGCUACUAACUAAGUCGCUGUUUACAAAUCAGCCAUCAGCCAACACCACGAAGCAACCAACGCUAGACCCACAGCCAGCUAGCUGAAAAUCCGACCCCAUCCUACUUCAAAACACAUAAAUCUGUCCACUAGUUUCACCAAAUACUGACAUUAUAACAAAACACAUUUAGGGGGUUACCAAAACCAAAUACCAAAUUUGGAUCUUACAGUUCUAACAGUCAUUUUUUUAUGUACAGUACUUUAGUGACGUACGAAGCCCCGACAAGUCUCCUUUCUCCAGGCGCUCUGUAGUACAGAUGAUUUCCACAGGUAGUUUUUUUGGCGUUAUUUAUCUUUUAACAAACUGUAAUCAGUUUUUGUUGGACACGUUUGCAGAUUUGAUCUCAUCCAGCUAAAGGCCUCAGACUGACUUGGCCCAGUGUGGACAGGCUGCCAUUUGUUAACGUUCGUUUGAUAUUUGUGUCAUUAAUGUUGUCUGGACGCAUACAGGAGCUCAAAGAAAAGCACUUGUUAUCAAAGACUACGUUUUUUUUAAUUAUUAUUAUUAAAUUUUAUUUACAAGA